ACCUAACCUUUAAAACAAACGUAAAUUUUCGAUUGAUGAUUUUGUUGGCAUUCUGUUGAUAAUCGAUCAACGUACAACAAAAAAGGAAACAUAAUUUUAUUUACAUUUCAGCAAUGUCUCAUUUAAGUAGGAGAGAUAUUGAUGAUUUACGACCUUCUAUAGAUAGAGCUGUGUAUAAAAUUCUUGGAGAAAAGGAUUCUUCAUUGGUCAGUACCGCAGUACAUUGUUUAAACUCAGGGUAUGAUAAACGCAAAACUAUUGAUAAACUUUCAUCUUAUGUUGAUAGCAAAAAAGCGUUGAAACUAGGGGAUAAAAUAUUUGAUUUAGUAGAAGAUUUGAGAUCAUCAUAUAGCUCGAAGAAACGAUCUAGAGAUGAUACAACAGAAAGAGAGUCCAAGAAGAGCAAGUCGUCUAGUUCUAGAUAUGAUGAAAGGGAGAGAGGAAGAGAAAGGGAAAGUAGAUUUGACUCGGAUCAGUCUCGUUAUAAAGAAAGGGACAAUGGGGACAAGAAAAACGGUGAUCAGAAGAAAAUUUUGGAUUUGACACCGAAGACCAAUGUCAAUAUAUCGAAUAUAGCUAUUCCAACACCAAGUAUUUAUGGAAUUCCUAUGGGACUCUUGAAUAGAGGUGAAGCAGACAAGGCGAGAAAAAUUGCUCAACUUCAAGCCCAAAUAAAAAAUAAACUGUCUUCAGGAAUUUUAGGGAGUGUUAUUCAAAUUCCAGUUCCCUCUAAUAAACCUACACCUCUCAUUCUAGAUGAAGAGGGGCGAACUGUUGAUAAAUCAGGUAAAGCUAUUCAAUUGACUCAUGUUGUACCUACCUUGAAAGCAAAUAUAAGAGCUCAAAAAAGAGAACAAUUUAAUAAAUCUCAAAGCCAUGACAAGGUCCAAGAAGAUAGUGGAGAAAGUAGAUUUAUUGAUAGUCGACUUAGUGUUAAGCCAGCUUUACGUACAAAACGUGCCUUGAGGUUUCAUGAACCAGGUAAAUUCCAACAGAUGGCUGAAAGACUUAGAAUGAAAGCACAACUUGAAAAAUUGCAAAAUGAAAUCUCACAAAUAGCAAAGAAAACUGGUAUAUCAUCAGCUACAAAAUUAGCUUUGAUUGCUAAAUCGGAAGGGGUAAGUGAAGAUAUCCCUCAAAUGGAGUGGUGGGAUUCAGUUAUUUUGGAAGAUAAUCUAGAUACAAUGAAGGAUGACAAAAUAGCCAUAAAGGAUAUAGCAAUUAAUACUUUGGUAGAACAUCCAACACAGAUGCGAUGUCCAACUGAUCCUAUCAAACCAGUAUAUAUGCCAGUUUUCUUGACUAAGAAGGAAAGAAAGAAGUUGCGUAGACAGAAUAGGAGAGAAAUGUGGAAAGAAGAACAAGAGAAAAUUAGAUUGGGUUUGGAACCUCCACCAGAACCGAAAUUACGUAUUUCAAAUCUGAUGCGAGCUUUAGGAACCGAAGCUGUACAAGAUCCAACAAAAAUUGAAGCGCAUGUUAGGGAACAAAUGGCUAAAAGGCAAAAGGCUCAUGAGGAGGCUAAUAACCAACGAAAGCUGACCACUGAACAAAGGCGAGAAAAGAAGGUGAAAAAAUUGAAAGAAGAUACAACUCUUGGAGUUCAAGUUUCUGUUUAUAGAAUUAAAGAUCUACAUGAACUAGCUUCCAAAAAGUUCAAGGUUGAAACUAAUGCUAAACAACUUUUUAUGACUGGCACUGUAAUGCUCUAUCCAGAUUGUUGUGUUGUUGUUGUUGAAGGGGGACCCAAACAACAAAAGAAAUAUAAGAGGUUGAUGUUGAAUCGUAUAAAAUGGGAGGAAGAUAUGGUGAAAGAUCCUGAUGGUAACGAAGUCCCUAAUAAAUGUGUUCUUGUCUGGGAAGGAACAAGUAAGCAAAGAAACUUUGGUGAGAUGAAGUUCAAAGUAUGUCCUACAGAAAGGAUGGCCAGGGAACAUUUCAAAAAACAUAAAGUAGAACAUUAUUGGGAUCUGUCCUACAGUGGAGCGGUGUUAGAGCAAGCAAAUGAUACGAUUGUGUAAUUUUAUUGAAUCAUUUAUUCGAUUUGAGUAAUCCUGUAAAUAAUUAAACAUAUGAAAUUUUAAAGAAGUAAAUUAUCUAGAACUACAA